GUUUCAAUUUUUUUGCAAUCUAUGGUUAUGGAAGGCGUUGUAGAAGAAAGUUCGGCUUCAUCCAUCGUAUUAAUUUUCAAUGACGGCCUUUGAUUGAUUUAUAUAAAUCGAACAAGAUAUACCUUCCAUUAAAAUAGUACAUUAGUGUUAGAGACAAACAUCCACAAUUUUUUUUAAUAAGUGUGAGCAAAAGGCCUAAAACUGGUGUUCGAUAAGUCACUUGGCAAUAUGCCUGCCGUGAGGGGCGAUGGAAUGCGAGGACUCGCAGUCUUCAUAUCUGAUAUAAGGAACUGCAAAAGUAAAGAAGCGGAAAUAAAGAGAAUCAAUAAAGAAUUGGCAAAUAUAAGAAGCAAGUUUAAGGGUGACAAAACUCUCGAUGGGUAUCAAAAGAAAAAAUAUGUCUGUAAACUUCUGUUUAUCUUCUUACUGGGACAUGACAUUGAUUUUGGACACAUGGAGGCAGUUAAUCUACUGUCUUCUAAUAAAUAUUCUGAGAAACAGAUUGGUUACCUUUUUAUAUCGGUCCUGGUCAACACCAACAGUGAUCUGAUUAAGCUCAUUAUUCAGAGCAUUAAGAAUGAUUUACAGUCCCGUAACCCUAUUCACGUCAACCUUGCUCUGCAAUGUAUUGCUAACAUUGGUAGUAAAGAUAUGGCAGAAGCUUUUGGAACUGAGAUACCGAAGCUUCUGGUCUCUGGUGACACUAUGGAUGUAGUUAAACAAUCUGCUGCACUUUGCUUACUUCGCCUGUUUCGUAAAUCACCUGAAAUUAUUCCUGGGGGUGAGUGGACUUCUAGAAUAAUACAUCUUUUAAAUGACCCACACAUGGGUGUGGUAACUGCGGCCACCUCCCUUAUAGAUGCUCUUGUUAAAAAGAAUCCAGAGGAGUAUAAAGGAUGUGUAACAUUAGCUGUAGCCAGAUUAAGUCGAAUUGUGACUGCCAGCUAUACCGAUUUACAGGAUUACACAUACUACUUUGUACCAGCUCCUUGGUUAUCUGUAAAAUUAUUAAGGCUACUCCAGAAUUAUACUCCUCCCUCAGAGGAGCCUGGUGUACGAGGACGUCUUUCUGAAUGCUUGGAAACCAUUUUCAAUAAAGCGCAAGAACCACCCAAAUCAAAGAAAGUUCAACACUCAAAUGCCAAAAAUGCAGUAUUAUUUGAAGCUAUAAGCCUCAUUAUCCAUAAUGAUAGUGAACCCAAUUUGUUAGUGCGAGCCUGUAAUCAACUGGGCCAAUUCCUCAGCAAUCGGGAAACCAACCUCAGAUAUUUGGCUCUUGAAUCAAUGUGCCAUCUUGCAACAUCUGAAUUUUCACAUGAAGCAGUUAAGAAACACCAAGAAGUUGUUAUUCUCUCUAUGAAAAUGGAGAAAGAUGUGUCAGUUCGACAACAAGCUGUGGAUUUACUAUAUGCAAUGUGUGAUAAAACAAAUGCUGAAGAAAUUGUUCAGGAAAUGUUGGCUUAUUUGGAAACUGCAGAUUAUUCUAUUAGGGAAGAAAUGGUGCUGAAAGUUGCCAUUUUAGCAGAGAAGUAUGCUACUGAUUUCACUUGGUAUGUUGAUGUUAUUCUCAACUUGAUAAGAAUUGCAGGAGACUAUGUUUCAGAGGAGGUCUGGUAUAGAGUCAUACAAAUUGUUAUAAAUAGAGAAGAAGUACAAGGAUAUGCUGCAAAAACAGUUUUUGAAGCUUUACAGGCACCCACAUGCCAUGAAAACAUGGUAAAAGUGGGUGGAUACAUACUUGGUGAAUUUGGUAAUUUGAUUGCAGGAGAUACUCGAUCCUCACCCCAAGUUCAAUUUGAGCUGCUUCAUUCCAAAUAUCACUUAUGUUCUGCUGCAACAAGGGCUCUCUUACUAUCAACAUAUAUAAAACUUGUGAAUCUCUUCCCAGAAAUUAAAAAUCGUGUACAAGAAGUUUUUCGUGCUGACUCCAAUCUUCGCUCAGCUGAUGUUGAAUUACAGCAGCGGGCAUCAGAAUAUUUGCAACUGAGCAUAGUAGCUAGUUCUGAUGUUCUAGCAACAGUCCUUGAAGAAAUGCCUGCAUUUCCAGAAAGAGAAUCAUCAAUACUUGCUGUAUUAAAGAAGAAGAAGCCUGGACGUAUACCUGAUGAUGUAAGAGAAUCGAAAAGUCCACAACCAUCUGGUGUCCCAACUGCUAUUAUUAAUUCCACAAACAAUACCAAUAGUUCCAGUGCUGAUUUGCUUGGCUUAUCCACACCACCCGGAACUACAUCUUCUGCUACAGGUAAUGGACUGCUUGAUGUCUUUGGGGAUUUAUACAAUGCUCCUAAAACAAGUCCUAGCACAAUACAGCAAAAUAACAUUAAAAAAUUCUUAUUCAAAAAUAAUGGAGUUCUUUUUGAAAAUGAUUUAAUUCAGAUAGGGGUUAAGAGUGAAUUUAGACAGAACCUGGGAAGAAUUGGCUUGUUCUAUGGAAAUAAGACACAGUUUGCAAUUCAAAAUGUCCGUCCUGAAUUACAUUGGACUGACUCACACAAACUUAAUGUGCAAAUGAAGCCUAUGGAACCAAUACUAGAAGCAGGUGCUCAAAUUCAGCAAAUGUUAACUGCAGAAUGUAUUGAAGAUUUUCCAGAUACACCAAGCAUGUCCAUUUCUUUCAUGUUCAAUAAUGUACCACAAAAAAUUACCAUGAAACUUCCACUUACACUAAACAAAUUCUUUGAACCAACAGAGAUGAAUGGUGAAUCAUUUUUUGCACGAUGGAAAAAUUUAGGUGGUGAACAGCAAAGAGCCCAAAAGAUAUUCAAAGCUCAAGGUGCAAUUGAUUUAACUGCUGCUCGUACUAAACUAGCUGGCUUUGGAAUGCAGCUUUUGGAUGGUAUUGAUCCAAAUCCAGAUAAUUUUGUAUGUGCUGGUAUUGUACAUACAAGAGUUCAGCAAGUGGGAUGCCUCAUGAGAUUGGAACCGAAUAAACAAGCUCAAAUGUUUAGGCUGACGGUAAGAUCUAGCAAAGAAACAGUUUCACAGGAAAUCUGUAAUCUGUUAGCUGAUCAGUUCUAAAUUAUUUUGAUAUAAAGGACCAUUUAUAUGAACAACAUUGUUAAACAAUGAAAUUGAUGUUAUUUAAUUAAUAUUUGCCUAGAGAUUCACAAUGUUUAUUUGUAAAGUUGCCAAGUGCAGUUUUAGCUUAUGAACAAUGCAAUACACUUGUGAAUGUUGCACUGAUACUCAGUAAGAAAUAUAAAAUAUACAAUAGAUUUUUUUUACUUCUUACUUUUGCUGCUAAUGUAACUUACUUCAUUUCCUCUAAGACAGCUAGCAAAAAUUAACAACUUUGUAAAUGUCUGUUGUUAAUAUUUAUCAAAUGUGUAAAUUCGUUAUGUAUACUCCUUUUCUCAAUUACUAUCUAUUUAGUAAUUUUAAUAUUCAACUUCAUUGUUGUUUAAAUACUACUACAUAUAUCUAAAUUAGGAAAUACAUUUUUUUUAUUUUUGUUAUUAUAUAAAUGUGUUACAUACGUUAUGUUGUGUACCAAACUUAUAUUUUAUUUGUAUAUAGUUUCUGAUUGAGAUAAGCUCAAUCCUGAUUGCAUAAGCUUACAACUUUUCAACAAUUUACUUCAUUAAAAUGUGAAUAAUCUUUUGUUUCCAUAACUUUAAUUAUAUUAUUAGUAGUGAUUGAUAAACAUAAAUAUACCAAAAAUAGGUGUAGUCUUUGGCAUUUGUCAUUAUACAUCAAAAUUUAUAUCAAUUGAAAUCGCAUCCUCCCUAUAAAUGUUAUUUUAAUACCGAAUUUUAUCAUUUAAAACUGGUAGUCAUUAUUUUAAAAUAUGUGAGUUGUUAAAUUGUAAUUGGAACACUGUUCCUCUCAUGCACAUCAACUCAAAUUUAUUUAUAUGUAAUGUAUAAAGUACUCAUGCAUUAUAUUUGUGUACAUAUACACUAUUGCUUAUACAAAUUAAUUUUUAUUUUGUUAAUUUUAAGAGAAUAAUUAUAUCUAUAUAUUUAAAUUAUUUAAACCAAAUUCUUAUCUAAAUUGUGGAAUUAUACUAUACAGUCGUAGUUAUAUCCCAGUAAUAGCUACUUUUAUUAGCUAUAUUUAUUAACAGACAUUCCUAACAAGUCUCAAACUUAUUUUGCAAUUGUGAUAAAUCUAUAUGUAGGUGCGUAUUUAUGUAUAUCACGAUCUAUAUGCUAUUCAUAAAUCGGUGAUAUACUUGUUUAUUGAUAUAGUACGUAGAAACUAUAUAUAUUUUUAUGUAGCUUUCACCACUAAUGAUGAGUGUUAUCACGAGUGAGGUUACAAGUGUAGAGUAAUUUUUAUUUGUAUGUCACCUUUGGUUCCUUUAUUUGUACGCAAUAGAUAUAUUUUCUAUAGGUGGUGCGUCAGCAUCUGAUCCAUACAUGUUUAUUGUCUAAUCUAGUAAUAACUCGGAUUCCGUUAUUUCUAUCCCUACAUCUAUGUUACUGUGUUUUCGGAAUCUCAACAAAAUGUUGUAUUUAUGUUCCACAAAAUUAUAGACUGUAGAAUUAGACAAAUUAGUAUUAUAAAAAUCAAAUGUUAUGAAAUCUGUAGACGUACUAAGACUUUCUUUGCAUGAUAGAUUGUAUAAGUGAUGAGUAAUAAAGUAAUAUAUAUCAUUUCAAACAUUUAUUGCAUUCUAUAUGUUAAGAUGUGGUAUAAUAACCUUUAUAUGUAUAUUAUGAAUAUGAAUUUUAAUAGUGUAAUGCUUGGUAUACUUAUUGCAUACGCAUCGCAUAUUGUGGGGUUAUCAAUGUACAAUAUCGCAUGUGAAAUUCGAGUGUAUGAAAUAUAGAUAUAGAUGUUUGUUCUCGCGCUUCUAAAUCAUAUAAUUGUCGGAAAUACAUAUUUAUCCAAUACUUAA